GGUACAGCCUAUUUUGAAAUGCGCUUGGAUAAAGUCUCCAUGUACUUUAUUUACAGGCACUAAUAAUCAACCUAAACCUUCAUUUUGAAACAGACAUUGCAGCAUUAAGCUAGAUUUGUUAGUUUAGGACAUUUGUUGUGUUGUUGCUGACAGACUGGGAGAGUUGAACUCACUACAGCAUCACCAAUGAACAGUGAGAGAGACCUGCGCAUAUCGUCAGCAGCCGCUUCUCCAGCCUCUAGCUAAAAUUCGUCAGAUCUGAGAUCACAGAGGAUUUUUUCUCAUUCAGUCCGGCUAGAAAAGCUAUUCUGAAAAGUUUGAGGAUAUAGCCAGCGGACACCGAAUGUAAACCCGAUUCAUCUGCACAAUGAAAGGUCCUCAUAUUGCAACUAUGUCUGGACGGGGCAGAGCGACCUUUCUGUGUGUGUGUGCUUGCUUGCUCACCACCACUAGCAUGCAGGCUGGGAAAAGCGCUGAUAGCAUGACAGAAGAACAGAACACUACAGUGUUCACCAAGAUCUUAGACAGCCUUCUGGAUGGCUAUGACAAUCGCCUCAGGCCAGGACUCGGAGAGCGUGUAACUGAAGUCAAGACUGACAUUUUCGUGACUAGUAUUGGGCCAGUUUCGGACCACGACAUGGAGUACACCAUUGAUGUUUUCUUCAGACAAAGCUGGAAGGAUGAGAGGUUAAAGUUCAAAGGCCCGAUGGCCGUGCUGCGUCUCAACAACCUGAUGGCCAGCAAGAUCUGGACCCCCGAUACCUUCUUCCACAAUGGCAAGAAGUCAGUAGCCCACAACAUGACCAUGCCAAACAAGCUGCUGCGAAUUACAGAGGAAGGCACCCUGCUGUACACCAUGAGGCUUACGGUACGAGCAGAAUGUCCCAUGCACCUGGAAGACUUCCCAAUGGACGCCCAUGCUUGUCCACUGAAGUUCGGCAGCUAUGCCUACACUCGAGCAGAGGUGGUGUAUGUGUGGACCAGAGGGGCUGCCCAGUCCGUGGUGGUGGCAGAGGACGGGUCCAGAUUAAACCAGUACGAUCUGAUGGGACAGAGUGUGGACUCUGGUGUGGUGCAGUCCAGCACAGGAGAGUACGUUGUGAUGACAACCCACUUCCACCUGAAGCGGAAAAUUGGUUACUUUGUGAUCCAGACGUAUCUCCCCUGCAUCAUGACAGUCAUCCUCUCCCAAGUGUCUUUCUGGCUCAACAGAGAGUCCGUCCCUGCCAGGACUGUGUUUGGAGUGACCACUGUCCUGACCAUGACCACACUCAGUAUCAGCGCUAGGAACUCCCUCCCUAAAGUGGCCUACGCCACAGCUAUGGAUUGGUUCAUCGCCGUCUGCUACGCCUUUGUCUUCUCAGCCCUCAUUGAGUUUGCCACGGUCAACUAUUUCACCAAGAGGGGCUACGCCUGGGACGGUAAAAGUGUGGUGCCAGAGAAGCAAAAGAAGAAGAAGGAGUCCCUCCUGAAGAAGAACAACACCACAGCCUACCCAGCUGCCACUGCUACAGCAUUCGCCCCCAAUAUUGCCAGGGACCCUGGAUUGGCCACUAUUGCCAAAAGCGCCCCGCCCCCUCCAACUGAGCCCAAGGAGGAGCCAAAGCCCAAGCCUCCAGAGGCCAAGAAGACCUUUAACAGUGUGAGCAAGAUAGACAGGAUCGCCAGAAUAGCCUUCCCACUGCUCUUUGGAACCUUUAACUUGGUCUACUGGGCAACCUACUUGAAUAAGAAGCCCAAAUUGCAGGGGAUGAAUCCACACUAAUCCAUGUUUAAUUCCUUUUAUUAAAUUAUAACUGUAAUUUUUCUUCUUUUUUUUCAUUUUCUUUCUUAUUUCUCCUCAAAACAGGUGUUUAUUUUCAGACAAACAUGGUGUCCAUGCUGGUUUGAAUUCCCAGUUGUUGCAUUGCUUCUAUGUUUACCUAAAGUUUGACUUUGAAAAAAACUUAAUAGAGAAAAAAAAAAAGAAAGAUAAGGAAACCGAUUUCUGAAAGGGUGUUGUUCAGGUCUCAGAUGAUGCUACUAAGAAAAUGCUACUAUAAAUAUAUAGCCAAGAGAAUGCUAUUCUACAACUGCACAUGGCCCACACUUGUUUAGGGGCUUUUGUUUCUAUGUUUGUUUUCCUUUGUUUCAACUUGAUUUAAAACAUGGAAUCACAGACACGGUAAAAAAGGCACUUGUGUAUAUGCAUGGUCAGGGCAUCCUAUUAUUUAUGUUUUAUUUAUUCAAAAAUUCAAAGAAAGCUCAGUUCAUUUGAUAUGAGCAGCAAGAUGCUACGCUAAGUCUCUGUCAAAAUGUCUUCAAUUCUCUGUAGGUGUUAGAUUAAUUAUUUCAUCCUUAAAAAUACUUUAGGGGUUUCUGCAAUAGCAAUAAAACAUGUCUCAGUGGACACACCAUUUAUUUAGGGUAAAAAAAAAAAUCUAUCAUCUCUGAGCUCAGCAUUGAAAAUAUUCUUAAUUUUUUUCACAGCGUUGUAAAUAUUACCAAGAGUUAGAGAUGUCGAUAUUAUGUUGAAGCUUUGCAGAGUGUAACUAAAGGCUAUGUUUAUUGAGUAAACUCUAUUUAUUUUUGUUUAUGUUUAUGUUACAUUCUUUUAAAGUAUAAACUGGUCUUAUUCAUGCUUAAGUGACUGUUUCUUGCCACGUUAGCAUUCCAUUCAAAAGCUGCUCUCACACUGAAGUUCAAAUUAUUCCAAUGUGUGUCUGCGUGUCACACACUGACGGCAACAACAGCAACGACGACAACAUAUACAACAGUGAAAACUGAGAUUGGCUAGCAAUGAGUAAGAAUGUAAAAAAAAAUAAUAAUCUCGAAUCCUGGAGUGCAUUUUAAAUAUAUAGUAUGAGAACACUCAUUAUUUACAUAUUGUGUUGUUUUUAUCAACGGUGGGGGCCUCAUUCGCCAAAAGCGCCAUUUAAAGCAAAGUACGCUUAGCUUCGCUUAAAAAGGGGCGGGGCACAAUGAGUCGGGGGAGAAGUGCCUUUUCCAUUUUCAGAGUCGAAGCUUUGAUUGGCUGCUACUUUGUUGAUUGAUGGCGCAUCUGUGUUUUCCAUCCCACUGUGUCCCCAAAUCCUUAAUUUACCAUAGUUCCCUUUUUUCUAUUUUUUUUUGGUCAAAAAAUUGAGACGUAUAACACUCAGAAAGUACCAGCUACACUGCCUUCAGUAUCACAUGCCCGUUUGGACUCAUUUGUUGCUGCUUGUCGGUGAGCAACAGCGAGAGACAGGGACAGAACGAGACUAAGAGAGAGAGAGAGAGAGAGAGAGAGGGGGGACAUUGACUUGAAGGGGCACUGUAAUCUUGCUUUAGCCGGCGCUGUGUUUCGCACAGAGGACUUGUCUUGUAGUUCUACGAUAGUGACGAAGAUGAAUAUAUUUUUGUAGCAUGAUGUCAAUCCCUCUUCCGAGAUAAAAAAAACAAACCAACAGAACCUAACGCAAAUGUGAAAAGAAUGCUUUUGUUUGUUUUGUCUUAGACAUUGCUUGCUCUUUUUUUUUUCUUUGAACAUAUUAACACACUUUUAAAGGAAAUGCUUCUUCUCUGACGUGGCAUGUUGAGGUUUCUGAACAGUCCAUUUUAGAUUACGUUAAUGUAGCAAUAUUACUUAGCAAGGGCUUAUCUUAGGACCUGAACCUGACACUCAGUUUGGGGGAAAAUAUCCAUUGUAGCUUUACAUUAACCCAUCUCAUCCUCGUGGUUUUAUUUGUGUACUUUACAUGGGAAUCCAGGAGCUAUUUAGACCAAGAGUCAUCACGUCGUGUGUCCAUCCUGAGUUCCGAAAACCUUUGGCUCCUAUUCCUCGACAUUUCUUGCCAGAGAGUGGGGGGUGCAUUGUAUUGCAUUAUGAGUUGUGGGCGUGCUUCUUUUGAAUAUGUUUUACAGGGCACUGAACAGGCCAAAAGGCAUCUAGGAAACUUGCAGGAUUCUCUGUGUGUUUGUGCGCUGAGGUGAAGAGAUCAAGCAAACCCCAGAGGGAAAACGAAAGGGAGGUUGGAGGUUGUUGCUAUUGUUAUUAUUUGCAUUAUCAUUAUGAACCUUUUUCCCGUUAUGGUGGAUGUCUUUGCAAACCUUUGCAAGUCGUCCACUGUAAACAGCCACUUAAUCUGCAGGUAGAGGGUCAAGGAACUGUAUAGUUCAGGGUGAAGAGUUGUAUAAAGAUAUUUGAAUUCUAAACUAUUGUAUGUAUGUUGAUUAUCAUGAAGAAAAACUCUAUAUACAUAUGUAAAAUACUUAAAGCAUACAGUAUUUGAUUCUAUUAUUGAAAAUAUUAGCUAAGAUGAUGAUGAAUAUUUGUUUGUAUUAUCAACCUAUUGUUAUGCAUUUUGCACAUUUAGCAGAACAAUAACAUUACAUUUAUGUAGUCAGCUUCGUGCUAUGCAAGGACAGCUUUGAACCACAUCAUCGACCUUCUCUCCCUGACCAUUGUGUUUCAGAUUUACAAGCUAUUAUAAAAAAAAAGAAAAAAGAAAAAAGCUUAGCUUUUAUAUCAGCUGCGCACACAUCAGCGUUAUUGUUUUUUUUUUUUUCAUUCAAACAUGGCUAUACAGGGUGUCAUCAAAGAAAAAACAGUGGAUUAUCACUUUUGUUUGCGCUUUGGAUUUGUAGGUGGUUGAAGGGAAAAUUGCUUUCAUUGUUGAUUGCACUAUUUCUCCAGAGACAUGCAAUAAAGUGAUGGAACGAAGGGAAAAAAAAGGAGCAAAAACUGUAACAAGAUCACCUUGUUAACAACAUUUCUGUUCAGUUCUUGAGCUUGUUUGUCAUUACAAAGAUGGAGGCUGGUGAAAAUGUACUUUUUUGCUAAAUGGAUCAUUUUGUUUCUGUUCUGCUAUCCGAAGCUAUAUUACAGGGAGCACCAGCUAGUGUUGACUUUGAUGGGGGAAAAACAGUGAAUUUUGUACACAUUUCUGUUGGGAAUAUCUUUGCUAAGACCCUAUCUUGUACAUGAAGCAGGAUCGAACAAAUGCUGUAGACCAUUUGCAAAUCUUUUUUAAAGCCAGGUCUGGUUUUGCUACAUUUACUGCUCCAGAGAGAGAAUGUGAAAUAUGAGGCACAGUGCAAUCAUGAGCUUCCAACUUUUACCUUCACAGUCAUAUGCAGAGCGAUCAUGUAAAUAUCACAUUUGUAGGCACAUCACUCAUUUUAUUUCAUGUUUAAUGCAAGGUCCAUUGCAGUUCUCAGCAGCACUUGCUUUUCAACAUUGAGUCUUUUGUUAUUCCUAGAUACCUACUGGAGUUUUUUCUUGUAUUUUUAUCAAGCAAAAUAUGUUCUGAUUUUCACUGAAAUGUAAUAAAAAAAAACUAAUUUUCUAAAGCACAAACGUUGAUUAGACUACGAGAAAUAGAGUGAGACUGUACACAUAUGGACAUACACACUUUCAGACAGACCCACAUACCCACACACACACACACACACAGUACACAGGAAUGUGUCGGUAGUUCCAUGAUACUGACAAAGGGUUCUGAUGGAUGUAGAUGAACUGGUGAACCUUCUGUAAAUGUUUUUUCUUUCUUUUGGUUAUGAUAUGGCCCUGUAGAAUCUGAUUCUCUGCAUUAGUCUUUAAAUAAAAAGAAAACAAAUGAAA